CAAACUACUACAGAUGACACCCUACCAACGCGCCACUUACAAAUUUGGCGUUACCACCCAAGGAGAGGUGUGUAACCUGUAUUAGGUUUCCCUGCGAAUUACUUAGAAACUGUUUCAAUGACUGAACAUAACCAACCCAAACCUCCCAUUAACAAUGAUGAGGAACAGUCUGUACCUGGUGUUGAAAUUGAUGAACUUGAUAUAUCAAACAUGGAAGGUGAAGAAAUUGAUUUGGAGCAUUGCCGAAUAAAAUGCAUCAACAAAUUAGAACGUUUCCCAAAUGUCCGUCGGCUGUGUCUCCGGAAUAAUCUUUUGAAGAAGCUGGAAAAUUUUGAACCUGUAUGUCAAACCCUUGAGGAGUUAGAUUUAUAUGAUAAUCAAAUUACAAAGCCUUUCUUUUAAUAAACUAGUUUGCAGGAGCAUCUGGAAGAUGUGAAUAAGAGUAUUUGUAUAGAAAUCUACAAUAUUUAUUUAACUGAAAAAACUAAUGGGAAUGUGAGUGAUCCGUGGCAUCCAGUGAAUAACUGAGGAUUAUGGUAGAUGUUAUCCAUUUAAUCGAAAAUCUGGAAUGUCUUUCAAAGCUUAUCAUUCUGGAUUUGAGUUUCAAUCGUAUUAAACAUAUUGAAAAUCUAAAUAAUCUACACUGUGUGAAAAAGCUGUUUUUGGUAAAUAAUCGUAUAUCAAAAGUAGAGAAUCUAAGCAGUAUGCGGGAUUUAGAAAUGUUGGAACUUGGUUCAAACAAAAUACGGAAACUGGAAAAUCUAGAAGAGUUGACAAAGCUAACCCAACUCUAUUGUGGUAAAAACAAGAUAUCAGCUUUGGAAAACUUGGAUACAUUAACUAAUUUAACACUGCUUAGUGUUCAGGGUAACAGAGUCACUAAAAUGUGUGGAUUGGCCAAACUUGUCAAUCUGGAACAGUUGUAUCUCAGUGAGAACGGAAUAACGGAAAUCGAAGGACUAGAAACAUUAUCAAAACUACAAAUUCUAGACCUAGCGUGCAAUUUCAUAUCACAAAUACAAAACAUGUCACAUCUACAAAAUUUAGAAGAAUUUUGGUUCAACGAUAACAAAAUAUCUGACUGGGGACAAAUAGAGAAACUAAGUGUUUUGAAAAAACUUCACACAGUUUACAUGGAACGAAAUCCUAUUUAUUUCCUGAACUCAGAUCGUACAAGACACGACCCUAAUUAUCGACGUAAAGUACUCUUAGCUCUUCCGAACCUCCAACAAUUGGAUGCAAACCCCACUGGAGUUAAUAUGUGAUAUAUGAGUCGUACAAAUAGAGUUUUUCCUCACAGCUUCAUAUCUAUCGAUCUCUCGGACCUUUUGAAAAAUUGUGUGGUGCACCUAAACACGCUUUUUUUUUAGCUAUUUUCAAUGAUUGUAAGAAGUAAAAUUUCCAAUAUAAACACUUUGUGAACUGAA